AUGUAAUACCAAAAGAGCUUAUAUACAGAGCUACAUACGGAAUCAAUUUAGAUAUAAACAAAAAAGAACUAUGACAAAAUAAAACGUAAAGAACAAGGUAAGUGCUGAUGUGUGUGAAUGUUUUCAGCGUGUCAAUUUCCGUGCUAAAUGGUCACUCUCAGUUUUAUGUGUGUUAUAAUAUCCUUCAGAUAUGAAAAGCGUAUUCAAUUUUAUGUAAAUAUACAACAAUAUAUUCCAAUUGUUUGCGUAAAUAUCGCGAUUUGCAUAAAAUCUAAUACACGUCCCUUAAAUUGGCUAUGUAAUUUGUGAUAUGCUUCAUUUGUAUUUUAUUUUAAUAUUUACUUAAUUUGAUGAUUCUUAAGUGGAACUAGAGGUCAGUCUGAGAGUCGCCUGUUCAGGGUUGGCUGCGAUAUAGCUGCUUACGCACUGAACGCAGUUAAAGAUUACCUAAAUGGUUUAAUUAAAAAUUAAGCUGCCGACCAAAGAAUGGCCUGAUGAACGAAUUGUGCUCUUUUUCGGAGGGACGAGCGUGGACGAUCAAAGCAAUAUGCACAGUUCUGGUGGGUAAUUGAUCUUUGAAAGGCAAUCUUAGAGACUGGCAUUCCUCCACUUUCUCCUAUUAAACUGCUAUAAUCUAUUAUAAAUAUCAUCAGUGGACGGUCAGGGAGCAGAUGGUCGGUCACCCCUCGAAGAUAGCCAACGUGGUAUAGCCACAGAACUCGCGUGGCUAUGUUCCAGUUGUCUUUUGUACAUGCAAUUACCUCAAAUUAUGAAAUGUAGUUUAGAGGAAAAGGUGCGUCGAGAGUAAUGUUGCUCUGCAGUCUAUUUAUAGACGCACACUGAUUCCAAUAAAAAUGAUAGAUCAUCUAAUUAUAAUUAUCUGACAAUAACCAUAGAUUCUAUGAAAUGUAAUAUAUAAUUGUAAUGCAUUUAGGUUUGUAUAUAUAUAUAUAUAUAUAUACACACACACACAGACGUACACAUAUAUAUGUAUUGUGUGAGUGUGUGUGUAUGGGCCUCUAAGCGUUAUUUUGCGGUGCAACUGCAUGAAGAGCGCUUCAUUUCAGAACUGCCUUUAAAAUGAGCCAGAGUUGACGUAUGAAGUCACGUGAGUGCAUAACUCAAUGCAUUAUUUUGGCAUUUGGAUGGAAAGGGCCUUGUCGUCUCGCGGCGGUGUUUCACCCAGUCACUAACUGAGCUAUUAACAACUGCUUCAUAAUAACAUACCAAAUGGGAUGAGAUCGGGGUUUCGCAAACCGCUGAUUUUAAAGAAGACAUAAUGCGGGUUCUUUAAAAGCUUAAGAAAACAGGCUGGGAUUUAUUCAAACACUUAUAAUAUGUGUGGAGGCAAUUCAAAAGUGCUUCAUUUGAUUGACCAUUAAUCUGACGAUACAACUUAUCAAGACGCUUUCUGAUUGUAUAAUCUCUUGUCGUGAUAAAGGACGCAUAAGCGGUCAGCUUCCAAGAGGCAAUUGGAAAGAGACUGUCACGUGACCUCUGGUGCCAAUGUUCUUCCAGAAGGUCGUCAAGACCUUGGUAGCUGGUGAAAAUAUUUUCGGAAAUGCAGAAAACGUCUUAUUACGACAACUCUACACUUUUCGGAGGCUACUCGUACCAAGCCAACGGGUUUGGUUAUGAUGCCGCGCAACCAGUAUACCAGUCCUCAGGGCACUUGGAGAGCGACUACCAGAGAUCCGCCUGUUCCCUCCAGUCCCUUGGCAACAGCACCCCACAGCAGCACACGAAGACGAAAGAAAUCAAUGGGAGCUGCAUGCGCCACAGUCUACCACCUGAACAUCAUCAAGCACCCCCAGUCUCCCCUCCCCAGAAUCCAUCCAACAGUACCAACAGCAGUACAACGCAACAGCCGGCUAGCAGCAGCAGCAGCAGCAACGCAAAAGCAGCCCCCACCAAGUCCCCCACCCUCCCUCCCAACGCCACACUCGCCAAACAGAUCUUUCCUUGGAUGAAAGAGUCAAGGCAGAACUCUAAACAGAAAAACAGCUCCCCGUGCGCAACUACAGCUAACGUGGAGAGCUGCAGUGGUGAGAAAAGCCCUCCGGGUUCGGCGGCUUCCAAAAGAGCGCGCACAGCCUACACGAGCGCGCAGCUGGUGGAGCUGGAGAAAGAAUUCCACUUCAAUCGGUACCUGUGCCGGCCGCGGCGCGUGGAGAUGGCCAACUUACUCAAUCUCAGUGAGCGGCAGAUAAAAAUAUGGUUCCAAAACCGAAGAAUGAAGUACAAAAAGGAUCAAAAAUUGAAGGGAAUGGGCUCCUCCUCUGGUGGUGCGUCUCCGACUGGAAGCCCCCCCCUCCCCAUGCAAUCAUCUGCUGGUUUUAUGAACCCCAUGCAUUCAAUGAGUGGUACCUUUGAGGACACCUCUCCACCAUCAUUCAAUAAGCCUCAUCAGAAUUCUUAUGCCAUGUCAACAGCCUACCAAACCCCUAUGAAACCAUGUCCUUCUCAACAGAAGUAUGGCAAUACCGCACCAGAAUAUGACCCUCAUGGUCUACAGGGUAACGGUGGUAAUUAUGGGACUCCGAAUAUUCAGGGUAGCCCUGUGUAUGUUGGAGGAAACUAUAUGGAUUCAAUUCCCACAUCAGGGCCAUCUCUAUAUGGUCUCAAUCACCUGCCACAUCACCAGUCUAAUAAUAUUGACUACAAUGGUGCAGCACAGAUGCCAAGUAACCAGCAUCAUGGACCAUGUGACUCCCACCCAACAUACACAGACCUUUCAGCGCACCAUCCUUCUCAGGGUAGAAUCCAGGAGGCUCCCAAGCUAACGCAUCUGUAGCAGGUUUGGAAAAGAAAUUAUAUUAAUACAUGGGGCGCUGCAACGGGAUUUAUCAAAUGAUCCAGUGGUUUCGUAUAGUGUCUAAAUAUGUCCCUGUUGAUGUUGCCAUAUUUUUGUUCUAAGUGAUAUUAAUCGUAAAUUUAAUUGCAUUUAAAAUUUUUGCUGCCAACCCCUAUUAAGGCCCACUUAGAAUUAUGACAAAAGUCGAAAGUGGUGAAGUAUCCCACAGUUUUUUUUUUUUUUACAUAACAUACUUGCAUUGGGCCAUUUUGAUAAAUGAAUCUGGUUUAUUACUCUGCACAACUUACAAGCACGUAUGAAA